AUGCCUCCUCGCAAGCAGUGGAUUGAUAAGAAAAAUGCCACCACAUACCAGCUCUUUCACCGAUCUCAACAUGAUCCUUUGAUUCACGACCCCGAAGCCGACGACCGUGUCUUGCACCCUGUUUCAGGGCCGUCGCUUCCAAUCUCAGAAGGUCCGAAGCGGAGCAAGAAUCUGUCGGAUCUGUCCAGCGAAUUCGGAUCAGACUCCGUUCGGCACAACGAGGGCGAGGCUGCGAACUAUGGCAUUUUCUUCGAUGACUCGAAAUAUGACUACAUGCAGCAUCUGCGGGAGCUGGGAACAGGUGGCGGCGAGUCGUACUUUGUGGAGGCUACGAGCAAGGGAAAGAGCAAGGCUAAGGGGAUGAAGCUGGAAGAUGCCCUGAAGCAACAAAUGACACUGGAUGAUACAAGGAGCGAGUUUGGCGCCGGCAGUGUCUACGGAUCUGAAUAUACUUCGGACCUGCGCUCGACCACUUCAUCAUACUCUCGCAAACCGACUUACCAGGACCAACAAGAUGUCCCCGAUGCGAUUGCAGGUUUCCAGCCUGACAUGGAUCCUCGUCUUCGUGAAGUGCUCGAGGCGCUUGAGGACGAGGAAUAUGUCGACCCGGAUGAUGAGGAGGAUGUCUUCGGCAAAUUGACCAACAAUGCGGAGGAGCUGGAUGCAGGCGACUGGGAGGACACACUUUUUGACGAAGGAGACGAAGACGACGGCUGGGAGUCUGAUGCAACAGAAAAAGCACCCGUGCAGAUGGACACUACCGAGGCCAAGGCGGACCACGGCGGUGUUCCUCUUCCUCCAAACUCAAAUGACCAGGAGCCUGGAGAACUGCCAAGCCACGACGCACCCGCUCCAGACAUGGACCCCGAGGACCAGGGAUGGAUGCGCGAGUUCGCCAAGUUCAAGAAGGACGGCAAAGUGAAAGCUGCGCCAGUAGCGCCGCCAAGCAUCGUCCCUUCGGAGCAGCGCAGCACUCUCGCUUCCACCAUCUUCACCGUGGGGGGCACGCCAAUUCGCAGAAAGAAGCGCAAGGGCGCACUCACCAACCCCUCCGCCUACUCUAUGACGUCGUCUGCUCUGGCCCGUACAGAAGGACACCGGCUUCUUGACGACCGAUUCGAUAGGGUAGAAGCGCUCUAUGCGCUCGACGAGGAAGGCGAGGACUACGACGAUAACAUGUCCAUGGUCAGUGGCAUGACUGGCAUGACUGGUAUGACCGGCAUCUCUACCGUUUCAUCGCAAGCGCCCAGCCUCAUUGACGCCAACGGGCGCGAGGUUGCCCCGCGACACAACUUCAAUGAGGUCAUGGACGACUUCCUUGCCGGGUGGGAUGAUAAGACGAGCGCCCAGGCGAAGCGUAAGGGCGCCAAGGCCAAGAGAGGCAAAAACGGCAACGAGGCCAUUGGAAUCAAGAUGUUGGAGGAGAUUCGACAGGGUCUCGGCCCCGCCAGGGUGCCAGGAAAGGUUUCUGGCCGGGCAUAA